GGGAAACGGGAGGUUCAGACCCUGAAAAGAACUGAGCAGGAGGAGAACCGGGACAGACGACCACCAUGAAGCCUCAUCAUCUGCUGCUGGUUCCUCUGCUGCUGAUCACUGAAGGUCAGACGUCUGCUGCUGGCUCUCAGAACUUCUGCUCCAACUCCACGGUUCUGAGGACUCGGACUUCCUGUCACUCCUGCAGCAUCACCGUGUUGUUCCCCUGUCCAGCAGGAUUCAGGCCCACGCCUCAGUCUGCUGGCCCCGGCUGCAAGUACUACAUCAAAACUCCCAGCAUGCAACUGGCCCUCAGCGGCUGCUCCUUCGAGUGCUACAAGGAACAGGAAGUGCAGAGCUGCUGUCCAGGAUACUGGGGUCCAGACUGCAUGGAGUGUCCGGAUCGGGCCGACAAACCGUGCAGCGGUAGAGGAGUCUGUUCUGAAGGACUGGGAGGCAACGGAACCUGCAGCUGCCAGGUGGGCUUUGCAGGAACCGCCUGUGAGGAUUGUGCACCUGGUCGGUACGGACCCACCUGCAGCUCAGUCUGCUCGUGUGUCCACGGUCUAUGUGAUUCUGGACUGACAGGUAACGGUCGAUGCACCUGUUUCUCCGGAUACAAAGGUCCCACCUGUGAACAAGAGUUGCCUGCCUGUGCGGCUCUCAGCUGCCAGCAGAACUCUCGCUGUAUGGAAGAAGCUCUCACGGGACAGCUGGUGUGUCAGUGUUUACCUGGAUACCAGAAAUCAGGAGAUCGGUGUUUGUCCAUAAACCCGUGUCUCCAGCGGGUCUGCCAUGUCCAAGCCACCUGCGUCCACACCGGACCGAACCAGCACCAGUGCACCUGCAACCAGGGCUACAGCGGCGACGGACGGGUCUGCAUGGCGGUGGAUCCCUGUCAGACCAACCAGGGAGGCUGUGACACCCAGUCGACCCGCUGCGUCUACGAUGGACCGGGGAAGUCCCACUGUGAAUGCCUCCCAGGCUUCGACUUGUCGUCUAACAGCAGCUGCGUCCUCAAAGAAUCCUGCAAACCGGAUUCCUGCCACAAGAACGCCAACUGCAGCACCGUGGAACCUGGACAAGUGCAGUGCACCUGUCUGCAGGGUUACCUUGGUAACGGUAAGGUGUGCUACGGGAACAUCAUGCAGCGUCUGAUCGACCUGAACACGGAACCUGGAGGACAGUGGAGCGGUCAGCUGAGCAACGCCAUCACUCUGUUUGAUUCUCUGUCGUGGUCUCUGCAGAACUUGGGUCCAUUUACCAUUUUUGUCCCGACCAAUAAAGGCUUCAGAGGAACAUCGGUGAGAACUCUGAUGGCUGACGUGUCCAAAGCUCAGUACCGCUGUAGGAUGCACCUGGUUGCCGGGGUGAUGCCCCUUGACACUCUGAAGACAACGGACGUCUUCUACACUCUGACUGGAAAAUCAGCUGAGGUGGACACGUCAGACGGGUUCUCUCAAACCAAAAUCCGUAUCCAUGGCAGCAAGAAGAAGGGUGUGAUCGUCCAGUCUGACGUGGUGGCGUCCAACGGGAUGAUCCACAUCAUCAAUAAGCUGAUGGACAGCGUGUGGGCCACCGUGGAGAGCAACCCAGAGGAGAACCUGAUGAAAAUCAUCUCUGACUAUGGAAAAUUUGACAAGUUCAAGUCCUUAUUAGAGAAAACAAAGCUGGAUGCCAUCAUGGACCUUCCUGGACCGAUCACCGUCUUUGCUCCGAGCAGUUCAGCGUUUGAUGGGAUGCUGGAGGGAUACCUGCAGUACCUCACCAGUGAUGAAGGUCACAACAAACUGGUGGAGCUGCUCAGGAACCACAUCGUCCCAUCCACCUCGCUGGAGGUCUACAGCGCCGUGUCCAGCCCCAGGAUCUCCACCAUGGCCAACCAGGUUCUCACCAUCAACGUCACGCAGAACGGUCAGAUCCUGGUGAACGGGGCGGCGGUGACCGAGGUGGCAGUGGAGGCUAAAAAUGGCCGCCUGUACGUGAUGGAUGGCGUGUUGAUUCCCCCGUCCAUCGAACCCGUGCUGCCACACAGGUGUGACGUCACCGAGACCAAGAUCGUCCAGGGCGACUGUGUGAGCUGCUCUAAACUGACUUCGGAUCAGUGCUCGUCUGGAGUUUAUACGGGAACCUCCAUCUUUGGAUGCGUUCGCAGCAUCUCUGUCCAAACUGGACCAGGAAUGUUUAGAAUCCCAGUGAGAGGCUGCAGACGCAACUGCAACCAGACCACAACGACUGCAGCUUGUUGUAAAGGUUUCUAUGGUCCAGACUGCCGACCCUGUCCAGGUGGAUAUCAGACUUCCUGUUCUGGACACGGCCAGUGUUUGGAAGGAAUCGAAGGAAACGGAACGUGUAUCUGUGAAGCCAACUUCCGAGGUUCUCGCUGUCAGUACUGUUCCUCCCCCAACAAAUACGGACCAAACUGUGACAGAACGUGUCCCUGCAUCCAUGGUCAGUGUGAGAACCGUCCAGACUCCGACGGUCGCUGUAAACCGGACUCCUGCCUGCCGCGGUUCACCGGUCGGUUCUGCGAGCGAUCGACGGCGUUCUGCGGCAUCGUCAGCCGGUUCUGCCACGCCCAUGCCGAGUGCCUGUUGGACCAGGGAUUCUUCAGUUGUGUCUGUAAACCUGGUUUCCAAGGCGACGGUAUCACCUGUGUGGAGGCGGACCCCUGUGCUCCGCCCCUCAGAGGCGGCUGCAGCGUCAACGCCAAAUGCAUCAAGACUGGCCCAGGUAAACACACCUGUCAGUGUCUGACCGGAUGGAAGCCAGACGGGGACGAGUGUCAGCCAAUCAACAACUGCAACGGACCGAACAGAGGAGGUUGCCAUGACAACGCCACCUGUAUCUACGUAGGACCAGGACAGAGCGACUGCAGCUGUAAAUCUGGUUAUAAAGGCGAUGGUCACGACUGUGAAGCUGUGAAUCAGUGCGUGACGGAGAACGGAGGAUGCCACUACCUGGCCAGCUGCCGCUUCCUCAACUCUCAGUGGAAAUGUGUCUGUGAAGACGAAUACGUUGGAGAUGGAUGGACGUGUUACGGUUCAGUCCAACAGGAGCUGAUGGCGCUGCCCGACGCCUCCGACUUCUACACCUGGACCACAAAGUCCGGUUCAUCUCACCUGCUGUCGGACCAGAACGUCACCCUGUUGGUUCCGUCUUCGGCUGCCGUCUCCAGGAUGUCGUCAGACGAUAAGAACUUCUGGACGUUGAAGGGAAACCUGCCGAGUCUCAUCAGGAACCACGUGGUCGUAGGAAACUUCCCACUAUCCGUCCUGACCGGCAGUUCCUCUGUGACAUCACUGCUGUCAUCACUUCCUGUUUCCACGAGAGGCGAGGUCACGGUUGUGGGCGGGGCUUCCAUCACCACUCCCGAUGUUGCCGCUACCAACGGGUUGAUCCACAUCAUCGAUAAGGUUCUGGUUCCGGACAGGAAGCUGAGUGACGGUCUGCUGGCGACGCUCGCUCUCCGACCAGAGUUCUCACUCUUCAGAUCGUAUCUGAUCGAUUACAACCUGACCGACGAGAUCGAACAGACCGGAGAAUUCACCAUCUUCGCUCCGACAGACGCCGCCGUCACAGAGUUCCUCCAGAAGAUGGCCUCCACCGCCCUGGAUGUGAACACGACUCGCUACCACAUUGUGGCGUCGCACCGUUUGUUGAAAACCGACCUUCAGUCCGGCGGAUACAAACAGACGCUGCUGGGAUUCUCCUUCCAGCUCGGCAUCUUCCCCCGAGACGGGAAGCUGUUCGUGAACGAUGCUCAAAUUAACUCCUCCAGCAUCCAGAGCGGAACCGGAGUGAUCCACGGUUUGUCGGCGGUUCUGCAGAUCAACAGGAACCGAUGUGACGAAAUAUCCUACGAGAAAGUUCUGGGACCCUGCAUCGAAUGUUUGUUCCACAAAAACAAACUCUGCCCUGAUGGCUCCACCCCAAACCCGUCAGUAACGGCAAAGAAAUGCAUCCUGAUGAGAACCUUUGAAGGAGAACGGAGGAUGCAGGUCGGCUGCAGAGCCACAUGUACGAAGCAGAACAUGGUGGCGCGCUGCUGUGGAGGGUUCUUCGGGGAACACUGCGAGCCGUGUCCCGGUCCGAAGGCUCAGCCGUGCUUCGGUAACGGUCUGUGUUUGGACGGAACCAACGGUUCUGGAGUGUGUCAGUGUCAGGAAGGAUUCAACGGAACGGCCUGCGAGACCUGCCAGAACGGGAAAUAUGGAGUCCACUGUGACCAGAAAUGUGUGUGCGCUAACGGACGCUGUAACGAAGGACUGAAAGGAGACGGGUCAUGUGACUGUGAUGUCGGCUGGAGAGGAGUCCGCUGUGAUGAAAAGAUUGAAUCCAGAGCUGAUGAACUCUGUGGAUCCGUUAAAUGUCACAGCAGCGCCAAUUGUGUUACUCCAGCGUCGAGUCCUCGGUGUCUCUGCGCCGCCGGCUUCGAAGGAAACGGAACCUUCUGCACAGCCGUGGAUCCGUGUCGGAACGACAAUGGCGGCUGCAGUUUGUACGCCGUCUGCAAAAGGACGCGACCCGGACGGAGGGACUGCGUCUGUAACGGCGAUUACUCUGGUGACGGACUGGUGUGUGUCGAGAUCAACCCAUGUCUGGAAGGACACGGUGGUUGCCACGACAACGCAGACUGUGUUCACAUCGGGCCAAACAAAAGGUCCUGCGUCUGCAACGACGGUUACUCAGGCGACGGACAAACCUGCAAGAUCAUCAACCUGUGUGAGAAGAGGAACGGCGGCUGCCAUAUGCGCGCUCGGUGCAACAUGACGGGACCCGGAACCAGGAACUGUACCUGCAUGAAGAGCUAUGUGGGAGAUGGUCUGAGCUGUAAAGGAACCGUGGAGAAGGAGAUGAAGGCCAAGGGAAUGACCAACUUCUUCUACGGCCUGAUGAUGGUGGAGAUCUACCUGAGAGGUCGAGGUCCGUUCACCGUCUUCAGCCCCCAAAGGGAAGUCUACGAUGCCACGGUGUCCCGCAAGCUGAAGAUUUCUAAAGUUAAGGAGAACUUUGCCAACCUGCUGCGGAACCACAUCGUCAUGUGUCACACUCUGCUGCCUGAAGACCUGAGCCGGCCCAGGAACCUGACGGCGCUGUCCGGACUGGUUCUGACCACCGGGUCCAAGCAGGACAUGAUCUCCAUCAACGAAGCCAACCUGACGAUGAGCGAUGAUGUCAGCACCAAUGGCGUCAUCCACGAGAUCAGCAGGAUUCUGUUUCCGCCCGGCUUUGACGCUGAGAGCUUCGUCCUCCUCCCUGAUGCGACAGACCUGAACCUGACAGACGUGGCCGAGCAACACGGUUAUAAAACCUUCUUCAAACUGCUCGAGGACACCGGCGUCUUGGACCUGAUCAACGAUCCUCUGAACCAACCGCUCACCAUCUUCCUGCCGACGGAUGCCACCAUGACGUCGCUGCCGCAGGAGCAGAAGGACUUCCUGUUCCACCAACACAACCGAGCACAGCUGCUGGAGUACCUGAAGUUCCACAUCAUGCAGAGCCAGAAGGUCUACGCUGAAGGUCUGGUCUACCUGGACUCAGCUCGGACGCUGCAGGGAUCCCCGCUGUCCUUCUCCUGUGGAGGGCCGGAGCACAUCGGAGAGAUCUUCAUCAACGACGGGAAGUGUCGCAUCAUUCAGAGACAUCUGGUCUUCAGAGCUGGAAUCGCCUUCGGCAUCGACUGUCUUCUGACUCCGCCCAGUCUGGGAGGACGCUGCGACCAGCAGAACACCGUCGACCUGCAGAUGAACUGUGGGAUUUGCUCCUCGUUUUUGUCCCGGUGUCCUACGGGGAUGAAGCAGAAGGAGGUCCAGAAGUGCGACCUUCCCUCCAUGUUCAUCACCAAGGACUCCGGCUGUCGGCCCGUCUGCACCGUCAACAUCUGGCAGCCAAAGUGUUGUCAUGGUUACUACGGACGAGACUGUCUGGUGUGUCCGGGGGGAGUCCACUCUCCCUGCAGUAACCGAGGUAAAUGCGACGACGGUCACCUCGGCAACGGUACCUGUACCUGUGAGAAGGGCUUUGGGGGCGUGGCCUGUGAGCUGUGCAGCGAGGGAUUCUACGGUCCCACCUGUAAAGCCUGUAGCUGCUCAGAACACGGGUCAUGUGACGACGGACGUAGAGGUACAGGUGUUUGCUUCUGUGAGGCCGGAUGGAGCGGCGACCGCUGCGACGUCCAGACUGAGGUGUUUCAGUGUUCUCCGUCCUGUUCUCCUAAAGCCAUCUGCAAGGAGAACAACACCUGUGUAUGUGGUCCGUUUUACGAGGGAGACGGAAUCACCUGCACAGUGAUGGACGUCUGUCAGGUGUGGAACGGCGGCUGCGCUAAAGGAGCUAAAUGUUCUCAGAAAGGUGAGCAGGUGAGCUGCACCUGUCCUAAAGGUCACACUGGCGACGGCUUCACCUGCCAACCCGUCGACCCCUGCGUCACCGGGGACAACGGCGGCUGCCACGAACACGCCACCUGCACCAUGACGGCUCCGGGGAAGAAGAGGUGCACCUGUAAGGACAGGUACAUCGGAGACGGACUCGCCUGCGAGCUCAAACAGCUGUCAAUCAGUCGCUGUCUCCAGGACAACGGGAAGUGUCACCUGGACGCCACCUGCACCGACCUGCACUUUGAAGACGCGACGCUCGGUGUGUUCCACCUCCGGUCCAGCAGGGGUCAGUACAAACUCAACUACACCGCCGCCCAGCAGGCCUGUUCAGCAGAGGGCGGCAGCAUGGCCACCUACACCCAGCUGUCCUACGCUCAGCAGGCCGGGAUGAACCUGUGCGCCGCCGGCUGGUUGGACCAGGCCCGGGUCGCCUACCCCACCACCUACGCCAACCCCAACUGUGGCUUCGGACACAUCGGAAUCGUCGACUACGGAACCCGCAAGAACCUGAGCGAGACCUGGGACACGUUCUGCUACCGGAUGAAGGAGGUGAAGUGUGAGUGUAAACCCGGAUACGUUGGAGACGGAUUCGGCUGUACGGGGAACCUGUUGCAGGUUCUAAGGUCCACUCCGACGUUCUCCAACUUCCUGACGCAAAUCCUGAACUACUCUCGGGUUUCGGAUUCGGGGAAGCAGUUUGUGAAGCGACUCAGUAACCUGACGAUCCAAUCCACGCUAUUCGUACCCGACAACAGCGGCCUCCCUGACAACCAGACUCUGUCCCACAGAGACCUGGAGUUCCACCUGUCUGAGGGUCAGGCUCUUCCUGUCGUCCAGCUAAAGAACGGGAGUCGGAUCAGAACCCGAGUCGGGAGUUUGACGGUCCUCGGAGUCGCCGACCUGCUGGACCCGUCGGCUCUGUCGUCUCGUUACAUCAACGAUCGAUUCAUCACCAGCUCAGACAUCCAGGCGUCCAACGGGAUCAUCCAUGUUCUGCAGGGACCGCUGAAAGCCCCGCCCCCUCGACCAGAGAUGCGUGCGGCUCACAAGGCCGGGAUGGGAGUGGGAGUGGUGGUUCUGGUGGUUCUGGUGGCAGCAGUCGUCUUCGUUGGAUAUCGCUUCUACCGACACAAAGCCAAACCCUUCCAGUUCCACUACUUCAAGGAAGAAGACGCUGAGGAAGAAGCUCCAGCAGCAAACUGCAGCCGAAACAUCUGUAACCCGGUUUAUGAAGCGUCUCCAGAAGAGUCCAACACGUCUGCAGCCACGGCGGAGGACAAACACCAGGUUGUGAAUGGAGGAUCGUACGACCUGCUGCAGGACAGCUGAGCGUCAGACUGCAGAACCAGAACCUCAGCACUGAUUUAUUCCUCUGUGGACCCAGAGUCAUCCGACCGGCUGUGGUUCAGGCUUUUCAAGGACUGCAUCACCCUGAGAAUCACAUUUUAGACACAAACCUGAGAGGAAACAAACACCAAAGUCCUCCUGCAAGAAUCAUUUGUAUCAAGGAAACUUUGUUUGAUUCCUGAACAAAUCAGAAAUUUGUCUUGAAUCAUUAAAAGCUGAUUUGACAACAAA